AUGACCGGGCUCCAGCCGGUCGACCGGCCCGGCCAGCUCAGUCCGGCGGCCUGGCAGGCGGUCGACUUCAUCGCGCCGCCGCUCUGCGCCUGCUGCGGCGUGCCCUUCGAGGUGGAGCUGGGGCCGGAGGCGCUCUGCGGCGCCUGCGCCAAGGCGCCGCCCGCCUACGACCGGGCGCGGGCGGUGAUGCGCUACGACGAGGGGGCGCGUCCGCUGGUCCUGCGCUUCAAGCACGCCGACCGGACCGAGGCGGCGCCGGCCUUCGCACGCUGGAUGCUGCGCGCCGGCGCGGCCCAGUUCGAGGCCUGCGACCUGAUCGUGCCGGUGCCGCUGCACCGCUGGCGGCUGUUCCGCCGCCGCUACAACCAGGCGGCGCUGCUGGCGCUGGAGCUCGGCCGCCUGAGCGGCCGCCCGGUGGUACCCGAUCUGCUGCAGCGUCGGCGCAACACCCCCAGCCAGGGCCGGUUGAGCCGCGCCCAGCGCGCGCUCAACGUACGUGGCGCCUUCGCGCUGGCGCCGCGCCGGGCGGCGCGGGUCAAGGGCGCGCGGGUGCUGCUGGUCGACGACGUGCUGACCACCGGCGCCACGCUGGAGGCUUGCGCGCGCGUGCUGCGGCGGGCCGGGGCGGCCCGCGUCGAGGUGCUGGUGCUGGCCCGGGUGGUGCGCCCGCUGCAGGCUUCCCAGAUCGGAGGACCCAUGGCCAAGAUCGAGGUCUAUUCCAGCCUCUUCUGCCCCUUCUGCUUCCGCGCCAAGAAGCUGCUGAAGCAGAAGGACCAGGAGUUCGAGGAGAUUGACGUGCUGGCGCAUCCGGCGCGCAAGAAGGAGAUGAUCGAGCGCGCGGGCGGCCGCACCUCGGUCCCGCAGAUCUUCAUCGACGGGCACCAUGUCGGCGGCUGCGACGAGCUCUACCAGCUCGAGGCCGAGGGGCGGCUCGACCCGUUGCUGCAGGGCCAGCCGAUGACCUCCGGCGACGCGCUGGAGGCCAACAUCGCCGCCGCCAGCGCGCUGAUCGAGCAGGCGGCGGACGCGGGGGCGGCCUUCGUCGCCACGCCCGAGAACUGCACGCUGAUCGCGCCGAAGAAAGCGCGCAUGCUGGCCGCCGCGCAGCCGGAGGCGACGCAUCCGGCGAUCCCGGUCUUCGCCGAGCUGGCCGCGCGCCACGGGCUGUGGCUGCUGAUCGGCUCGCUGACCGUCAAGUUGGACGCCGAGACCUGCGCCAACCGCUCGCUGCUGUUCGGCCCGGACGGCGCGAUCGUGGCGCGCUACGACAAGAUCCACAUGUUCGACGUGGAGAUUCCGGACGGCCAGAGCUACCGGGAAUCCGCUACCUUCCGGCCGGGCGCAGAGGCGGUGCUGGCCAGUCUGCCCUGGGGCGGGCUGGGGAUGACGGUCUGCUACGACCUGCGCUUCCCCGCGCUCUACCGCAGCCUGGCCCAGGCGGGUGCCAGCUUCCUGUCGGUGCCGGCGGCCUUCACCCAGUUCACCGGCCAGGCCCACUGGCACGUGCUGCUGCGCGCGCGGGCGAUCGAGACCGGCUGCUUCGUGAUCGCGCCAGCCCAGUGCGGCGAGCACGCCGGCGGCCGGCGCACCUACGGCCACAGCCUGAUCGUGGCGCCCUGGGGCGAGGUGCUGGCCGACGGCGGCGAGACGCCGGGCCUGGUGCUGGCCGAGAUCGACCCGGCCAAGGUGGCCGAGGCGCGGCGCAUGGUGCCGGCGCUGACCCAUGACCGGGCCUUCGCCCUCGCGCCGAUCCGCGGGUUUCUCGACGCGCUCGGCCUGUCCUGCCGCCCGGGUCCGGUGCCGGCCGACAGCUUCCUGCCCGGCGUGGCGCUGCAGGGCGGCGCGCUGCUCUACGACGCGCAGCGCCUGGGCUCGCCCGGUGAUCUGCUGCACGAGGCCGGGCAUAUCGCGCUGGUGCCGGCGCGCUUCCGCGCCCGGCUCGACGACGACGUGGAUGCGGUGAUCGCGGAGCUGCUGGCCGGCGCGGCGCCGGGCGGCCUGGCGCCGCCGGCCGCCGCCGAGCGCGAGGCCCUGGCGCACACCGAGGUGAUGGCGAUCGCCUGGUCCUACGCCGCCGCGCGGCGGCUGGGCACGCCGCUCGACUGUCUGUUCUGGCCGGGCACCUACCGCAUGCCCGCGGGCCAGACACCCGACGCCCUGGUGGCGCAGAUCGAGCAGGGCUUCUUUAUCGGCAUCCAGUGGCUGGCCCGCUUCGGCUACUGCGCCGCGCCGCCGCCUUUCGGCGACCCGGCCGAUCCCAGCCCCUUUCCGGCCAUGCGGCUCCCGCCGGGCGGCGAUGCGCUGCACGCAGGCGGGCCGCGGGGCGGCGACCUCCAGGUCCUCGUAGGCGAGCACGCGCAGCCGGCCGUGCACGGCCUCCAGCAGCUCGCCGGGCUGCAGCAGGAAGUCGGGGUUGCGCGGCCGGCCGAAGGCUGCGUUGCCGGCCGCGAAGGUCUCGUAGAGCAGCAGCCCGCCGGGGGCCACCGCCGCGACCAGCGGCGCCAGCAGCGGGCGGUGCAGGUAGUUGGUCACCACGACGCCGGCGAAGCGGCGGCCGGCCAGCGGGAAGGGACGCCCGUCCUCCAGGUCGACCUCCAGCCGCUCCAGGCCGGGGUGCGCGGCCAGGUCGGCCAGUCCCGAGAGGUCGCGGUCGACCGCCGUGACCGCCUGGCCGCGGCCGAGGAACAGGCGGGUGUGACGCCCGCCGCCGCAGGCCAGGUCGAGCACCCGGGCGGGGGCGGCCUCGUCCGCCGGGCCGCGCGGGAUCAGCGGCGCGAAGCGGCAGAUCCAGGCGGAGGGCGGCGUGGGCCCGGCCGGGCCGGCGUCGUCCGGCGCGGCUUGGCCGUGGGCGGCGGGGGCGCCUGCUGCUGCGGGCGGGUCCUGUGGUGCGGGCAUGGGCGUGGCCCUCCCUCGCCUGUUGCCGAUUGA